UAAAAAUUAUCCAAAGAAUUUGAAUACAAAAAAAUUGUUUAUUUAAAAAUAUCUUUUUUAUUAGCAUAGCGGAACAUUAAUAAAAUCAGUUAAGGGAUAUUUGUUAUGAGCAGAAGUCAUGAAACUAGCGGUUCUAAUUUUAAUACAGAAACAGAUGAUCCUAAUAAAGAUCUAAUUCUUUAGCAAUGCAAAAAAGCUAUCGAAGAGCUUCAUUAUGAAUUGGAAAGAUAAAAUUAGAUUAAUUAACAAUUGAUAAUAGAAAAGGAUCAUCAAUUUUAGCAAAUUUAGAGGUAUGAAUCAACAUUUAAUUCAUACUUAGAAGAGAUAAAUUCAUAUAAAGAGGAGCUAUAAAAUCUUGGAGCUGAAGUACUUACUCUGAAAUAAGUAAAUGAAGGUUUAGAAAUGGAGUUGAAUUCUAAGUCAGAUAUAUAAGCAUAAUAUGAAGAAAUAAAAAAUGAAUUGAUUAAAAAGAAUGAAGCUUAUUAGUAUUUGUAGAAAGUAAAUGAAGAUUUAGAAAAAAGACAUGCAAUUAUGAAUGAAUGGUCAACAACUUUUGAUGAAGUUAAUUUACGUAUUUAACAAACUGUUUAAGAAAGAGAUAGUUUAAUCUAAGAAAAUGAAAUUCUUAAAAAUAGGCUUGAAAAUGUUCAAAGAAAUCUAAUAGAAAGUGAAAAGUUGAAUAGCUUAUACGAAAAGUAAGUAGAAAAUGAGUAAUAAGAUGUUAAAUAUAAGCAAUUUGUUCACCAACUUCAACUUUAAAAUGAUUAACAAAAAGAAUAGAUUAAGAUUUUAGAAUAAAAGUUAGAAACUGAGUAUUUGAACUGCAAUAAACAAAUAUUCAAUUCUCUCUAAGUUUAAAAUGAUCAAUUAAAAGAGCAAAUAAAUAUUCUUUAAAAAAGAGUAGAAGAGUAGGAAGAUUAGCAAAUAAGUAAGCACUUUGUUGCUAAUCUUUAAAUUGAAAAUCAGUAGCUUAAAGAGAAAAAUGCAAUUUUAGAGAAUAAAUUAGAAGAAGAAAAUCAGAAUUAUAAAAUAAUUGUUAAAAAAUAUGAAUAGAAUAUGGACCUUAUGAAAUAAAACAUGCAACUUGAUGUUGAAAAAACAUUUGAUAAAAUUUAAGAGAAAGUAGAUUUAAGUUCGAUUGAAGUUGAAAGACUAAAGGAAUCAAAAUUUAAAUUGGAGGAAGAAAAUUCUGCACUUAGAGAAUAAAUAAGAGAACUCAAGUAGGAAGUUAGAAAAAGUAAUAUUGAAGCCUCUGCAAUAGAAUAGAAUAUGCACCAUUCAGUUAGAUAGAUUUAGCAAGAAACUCAAUUCGAAUAAUAAUAAAAAAAUUUCGAAAUCGACUAGCUAUAAUAGAAAUUAAUUUUGGUUCAAAAUGAAAAUAAAAACUUAAAGCUCCAAAAUGAUAAUGUAUUAGAGUAGUAUAAUUAGUAGAAAGAUAAAUUGUUUGAUUUACAAAAUGCUAUGUAGAAUAAGGAUAUACAAAUCUAAGAACUACAGAAUGCUAUUAGUUAAUUUGAUAGGAACAGUUCCUUGUAUUCAAUGAAAAUACAAAAUAUAUAGAAUUAAGAAAAUGAUCUUCUAUAGCAAAACGAAUAUCUAAGAUCAAGGCUUAUUGAAUUUUAAAGAGAGUUGAAAAAUCUCUAAAGAGAUGUAUUUGAUUAACUUGAAUAGGAAGAUUAAAAAACUUAAGAUUUAGAAAGAAGGAUUUUGCACUCUUAAAAGUAGAUGGACAAUAAAAAUCAAGAUAUUGAGGAACUAAGAAUAGAAAUUACAUAACUCCGUAAGAAUUAGGGUAGUGCAUUUUUUGAAGCACAAAGGCUCAGAAUUGAAAAUGAUGAUUUAAAAAAAUUGCUAGCCAGAUAUGACUCUAGGUUCUAAGAAAUAGAAAAUAAUAUGCUAAAAGGAAAUAAAUAAGAAAUGUACAAAGAUUAGUAGAUAGAAGAUUUAAGAAAUUAAAUAAGACAAGAAAGAAUAAAUAGAACUAAUGAACAGAAUUUAAUUUUAUCAUUAAAGGAUAAUGUUAGAAGUUUAUAAGAAUAACUUGACAUUAGUAAUUAAAGAUAUCAAGAAGAAAUAAAAAGAAGAGAUUAAGAAGUAUAAAUAAUUAGGAAUCAAUAUGAUUAAUCAGUUGAAAAAAUUUUACACCAAAAAAAUGCAAUAGAUGUUGAAAGAUUAGAAAAUGAAAAAUAUAAUUCAGUUAAAACCAUAAAGUUUAAUGGAUCAAAUAUCUCAAAUAGACAUGCUUUUAUAGCGGCCUCACCUUAACGUGAUUAUAUUGUCAGAGAUAAUACUGAUCAUAACUAUAGUGAAUAUAAUACUGCAAGACCUUGCUACAGCUCAAGUAAGGCUAUAUAGAAUUUCUCUUUGGCUUCUACUCCUUUAAAUACUAGAGGUAUUAUGAAGUAGGACAGAUUAUAAAAUAACUCUUGUAACAAAAGACUUCAUGGUUCAUUUAUUAACAAGUUCAAAAACGUUGUAGAUAGAUUAGAAAAUAAGCUUGAAUUGAUUUAAAAAGAAAUAAAUUGA